AUGACUAGACCCCAAACAACCCCUAAAGUUGUUUGCAGAGACAUUACUCAUAGCCUCAAACAUUUUUUAGUUAUCUUUAACAAUAAUGGGUUGGAUUUUCAUUCUUUCUUCCUUUUCACUUCUAAACUCAAGGGUUCACCUUUUUUCAGGAUCAUAUGGCAACGAAAUCAUGGAUUGGACAUACUACGAAUUCUCAGAAAUCAAAAGGAUCGGAAAAAACAGAGUCGAGAAGACAAGCUGAAAAUCAUUCCAUCUUGGAAGAAAGAUCUUAUUGAGAAGAAGAAAAAAAGACCUUUGAAUCCUGUCAACGGCAUCAGUGAUGUAUUUAAACGCCGAGCACAGUCAGGAAAUGAGUCUCCUUUCACACAACAAGUGGUCAAUAAUGGACCUUCCUCCCCGGGAGCCAUGAGCCUCACCCGACGUAGAUUUUCGCCGUCAAAUUCGUUUCGGACCCACCAAUCAUCAGGGAUGUAUGCUGGCAGGCGUUUGAUCUCUCCCAACAUCUCCAGUGACUUAACCAGCAACAGUGAGUUGACAAGAAAGCGAAUUGAACGAGUGCAGAGGGCCCGACUUUAUCUCUUGCAACUCACUGGACCCAACUCAUUCCUCAUAGGUGGAGAUUCACCUAUGCAUAAAUUCAAAGUGAUCAUUGGACCCCAGAAAUGCAGCUGUGGUCGUAGUCCCCACUGCGUCCAUGUUCUCAGUUUCUCUCUCUCAUUCAAUUCUAAUUUUUCUCACUCUUUCUUAAUCUCUCUCUCACUCUCCUUUGCACACCUGCACUCUCUCACUUUCUCUGUAAUCCAAUUUUCUUUUUCUUCAUUCAACAAUUUAUUCCCUCAUUUCUAUAUUUUUCUUUCUCUCACACUCCUUUACCUUUUUCUCUUACCUUCUUUUCUCUCUCUUUUUUCACUGUUUUUUCUCUUUAUCCUCUAUCCAUUCCCUCUCUAUAUGUUCCUCUCUUCAUCACCCAUCUCUCACUUUCUCCCUCUCUUUCCUCAUUGUUUACUUCCUUGUGUUUUCCUUUCUCCUCAUACCUUUACCACCACCUUUCCGUCUGUAGAGAAUUUAUUUCGAAUGUACAACGACAGACGAGAAUUGCUUCUUGUCAACAAAGAACGUUCCAAGAAACCACUGAAAAAACAGAUGGAAGAAAAAACAGAGAGUUUACAGGAGAAACUUGCUGUUCCAGCUGAGAGUGACACUGGGAGUUCCAAAGAUGAUGAAGACACGUGUCCAAUUUGCCUUCUUGAGAUGCUAGAAGGAGAGAGUUUAGUUCGGUGUUUGAAUGGUUGCCAAAAUCGGUUACAUCAUCACUGCAUAAGUGUUUGGUUUGAGGAGUGUCAUAACCAAAGCCCCCUAAUAUGUCCUAUAUGUCGGACAAAGUGGAAAAGUAAAAUUGAAGAUGACAAUGAAUCUAGUAUUGGCCAAGGAGGUUCAUCCUCUCCAUUGAUACCUGAUGAUCUAAGGCUUCCCUAUGCUGAACCUAUCCCAGCAGAACACAGAGACACGGCACGGCCUUGGAUACAGAUUCUUGGAGAAGAUCUCGUAUGUUGCUUAUUUUCAAGAAACUGGUCUAUACGAGAAGCAGCCCUGAAACAUUUAAGCCGAGAAAUGGUUUCUACUUUGUUGCGUGGUGCAGGUGAAGGUCGAAUGGGAGCAUUAAUCUCUUCAUCCCAACAAACAGCUACCCACCUAAUGCUAGAAUGUUGUUGCAGUGUUCUUGCUUUCAUGUGUGCAGAUCCUGUAUACAAAGUUUUUAUUUCAUGUUUGAAAACUUUACGAGCCAUGUUGUCUUACACACCAUGUCGAGAUGAACAACAGAGAAACCGACUUCAGAUCAUCCUUAAACCUGUCAUUGAAGCAAUUAUCAUUAAAUGUACCGAUGGUAACAGACGAACUAGUCAGUUAUCUUUAUCUACAAUGGUGGAGUUGACCAAGGGACAAGAUGGCGAAUUGGCUGUGGGACGAGAAAUUGUGUCUCCUGGAUCUGGAGGACUUGGAGGAAUAACUUACAUCUUAAAGGUUGUACUGGAGGAAUACCAAGCUAAUACUGUACCUUGGCAAUGGCUACUUGGCAGGCUUUAUGUCUUGGACAGACUGUUGGAAGAGUUUCCUGGAGAAUUUGUUGGGGAACCUGAACCCCAAUCAGAAUCAUCUGGGGAAGAAAGCAACCCUUUACCAUCUGAAAACACAGAAGGCUGUCGUAUUAUCAUUGUCGCUCGGUUUGCUGUAUAUGCUGUUGGCAACAACCAUUCUCGCAUUGCAAAAAUUGCCCGUCGAAUUUUUUUCAUCUGUGUCAAAUUUAGCGCUGCCCAGGAUGAGAUUGUCAUCCAACUGAACAACUUGCUUGUGACCACAGUUGAGCCAAAAUUAAUGCGGCCAAUGCGAAAGAAACUGGCUCGUAUAGUGGACAAUUUGAAGCUCUCUGAGACAGUUAAGGAAGUUCGACGGGAUUCAGAGAGCAGCCAGAGCACCAGCUGUGUUGGGACCUCAGCAACAGCUUCUCCAAAUGAAACCCCACUGUCUACACCUCCAAAUUCCCCAUUCCCUCCACCAACAAUGGAUCCACCUCCUAUGCUUCGGUGUCCACCACCAAUCGAAAAUAAUAAUGAAAGUUCUUUUAUAUCACCUCCCCGGCUUGAUCAGGAACUUCGCCCUACCACCAUAUCAGUGACAUCAAAAACGGUAGAAAGUUUCCCAACGCCACCAUAUACCCCUGAACAUUCCGCAUGUAGGAUUGCUGCAGAAAAUCACAAUAAGAAUGGAAUUGCAAGUAACAGCAGCCUGGGUGGAUCUCCGCAACGUUUGCAAAAUGUAUCUGUGAUGUGUUCAGUGACCCUGGCUACAAGUGACCACUCUGGGGAGUGUACAGUGGAAGAGAUCAGAAGUAUUUUGGAAGAUGGCAAAAACGGUCAACAGAAAGACCAUGAGUGUGGGGGGGCUCGUAUUGUGUGUCAGACCAACAUCAACAACUGCAGCAACACCAACCGAAGCCGGUCUCACAUGACUCUACAAACAUCGACAGCGACAACGACCACUUCGUCAUCAUCCUCAUUUUACGACAGUCAUCAUAUGUGUUCUACACCAAUCGCCAACACCUCUAGUCAUUCAUCAUCGACAUUGUUAACAGAAGACCUGUCUGAUUUAACAGUCUCUCCACCCGGCAGCAAUGGUCCUUCAAUAUCAUUCAAAACUGAAAUUUCUACGCCAAAGGGUUCACCUGCUAGUACUGGAGAACAAAAACAAGCUGGUCCUGAUCAAUAUUGCUGCAAGGAAGAGGUUGAACGUGAAGAAGCUGUGGCGUUGGCAAAAGCCUUGGAAGCUUCUUCCAAACAGGAGCCCUGUCCCCUUGUGCCUGGUUUGACUCCAUCAGACAAAGAAGAGGUUAUAACUAUUCGGAUACAACCAGAAGGAACAAAUCAACUGACUACAUUUGAAGGUCAGCUGACCAGCACUAGUAGAAGCAGUGGUAGCAACAGCAAUGCUCAAUUGUACAUGGAGAAUUGUCACUGGGUUCGAAGUCAUCUCCUUGGGACUGGAGCUUUUAGUAGUUGCUACCAAGCAAGGGAUGUAAAAACUGGAACCCUCAUGGCUGUCAAACAGAUUUCCUUUUGCCGUAAUACUGUAGAAGAACAGGACAAAGUAAUUAAGGUUGUGACGGAAGAGAUUCGAAUGAUGGCUGAACUUAACCACCCCAAUGUUGUUCGGAUCAUGGGAGCCACACGGCAGGGGUGCCAUUUUAACAUGUUUGUGGAAUGGAUGCCAGGCGGAUCUGUGGCAAACCUUCUGGCAAAAUAUGGAGCCUUUUCUGAAACAGUUGUGAUCAAUUAUACCCACCAAGUCCUUCGGGGACUUACUUAUCUUCAUGAGAAUCAUGUCUUACACAGAGAUCUCAAAGGGGCCAAUCUGUUGGUGGACAGCACUGGUCAGAGAGUUCGUAUUGGAGAUUUUGGAGCUGCAGCCCGGUUAGCAUCCCAGUCCACUGGAGCAGGAGAAUUUCAGGGACAAUUAUUGGGAACAAUAGCAUUCAUGGCUCCAGAGGUUCUCCGAGGAGAGAGCUAUGGUCGAGGUUGUGAUGUCUGGAGUGUUGGCUGUGCAAUGAUUGAAAUGACAACAACUAAACCUCCAUGGAAUGCCAAUGACAUAUCAAACCAUUUGGCACUCAUUUUCAGGAUUGCCUCUUCUGUAAGACCGCCUCCAAUACCUGAAAAUCUGUCGCCAGGUGUACGGGAUGUGAUGCUGCGCUGUCUGGAAGUGAAAUCCGAAGAUCGUCCAUCAGCAAAAGAGCUCCUUACACAUCCUGUUUUCAUCCAACAUCUCACCCGGUGA